AUGUACAACAAGGCAAUGCUCAGUUUGGAACAGGCCCAGAAUGCCAUCACGGCGAUGGUUGCUGAUUUCAACCGGGACCCCAACCGACGCAAGGUCGAUAUGGCCGUGGUGGACGAUGCCGGAAACCUGCUGGCCUACGCCCGGAUGGACCGCUGCCUGCGGCCCACCUUCGCCAUCCGAAAGGCCUACACCUCGGCGGUGCGCUCCAUGGAUACCGCCGCGUUCGCCGAACAACUCAGCAGCACGGGCAGGUCAAUUGAGUCCUUCGGGGAUGCUCAGUUGAUAGCGCUACCGGGCGGGGUUGCCGUUAUCCACGAGGGUGUGGUGGUCGGCGCCAUCGGCGUGGGAGGCCUGCCCAGCGGGCUCGACGACGAGGCCAUCGCCAAGGCAGGGGUAGCGGCGUUGGGAAUCUAG